AACCAAUCCUGGAAUAGCCUCAACGGUUCUGGAAAAGGAAGAAUCUUCUGGAACCCCUCAACAUUUACCAUAAAAAUCAAACCCUAAACUCAUACCUUCAUCCUUUUGCUGCUGACCACCUUAUCCCCAAAACCCCGCUCGCUCAAGCAGAACUGUAACCCCCGGAGCUCUGCUUCCCGAAAAUGGCGUCUGCUAAUGCUAUUUCUUCCGCAUCCAUUCUCUGUUCUUCUCAGAAGAACUUGAGGAAGGUGAAUCAAUCGCAGAGCAGCAGGCUAAAUUACAGACAGGCGGGUAGCAGAUUUGUUGUGAGAGCUACUGCAAAGGAGAUAGCGUUCGACCAGAGUUCUAGGGCCGCACUUCAGUCCGGGAUUGAUAAGCUUGCCAAUGCAGUCGGUCUGACUCUUGGACCUAGGGGGAGGAACGUUGUGCUGGAUGAGUUUGGGAGUCCCAAAGUAGUAAAUGAUGGUGUAACAAUUGCUCGGGCCAUUGAGUUGCCCGAUGCUAUGGAAAAUGCUGGUGCAGCUCUGAUUAGGGAGGUUGCUAGUAAGACUAAUGAUUCUGCUGGUGAUGGGACAACAACUGCCUCCGUCCUCGCUAGGGAAAUUAUCAAACUAGGACUUCUCAGUGUUACGUCCGGAGCAAAUCCAGUAUCACUGAAGAAAGGAAUUGACAAGACUGUGCAAGGAUUGAUAGAGGAGCUUGAGAAUAAGGCUAGGGCCGUGAAAGGUGGAGAUGAUAUCAAAGCUGUUGCUUCUAUUUCUGCUGGAAAUGAUGAGCUUAUAGGGUCGAUGAUUGCUGAUGCAAUUGAUAAAGUGGGGCCCGAUGGUGUCUUAUCCAUUGAGUCAUCAUCUUCCUUUGAGACCACUGUUGAAGUUGAAGAAGGGAUGGCGAUUGACAGAGGCUAUAUCUCUCCUCAGUUUGUCACGAACCCUGAAAAGUUAAUUGCUGAAUUUGAGAAUGCUAGAGUGUUAGUUACAGACCAGAAAAUUACGGCUAUAAAGGAUAUAAUCCCUCUUUUGGAGAAAACCACACAAUUGAGAGCUCCUUUGCUUAUCAUUGCAGAGGACGUUACUGGUGAGGCUUUGGCUACACUUGUUGUCAACAAGUUGCGGGGUAUUCUAAAUGUUGCUGCCAUUAAAGCUCCGGGUUUUGGUGAAAGGAGAAAGGCUAUGCUUCAAGACAUUGCCAUAAUGACAGGAGCUGAAUUUCAAGCCAAUGAUCUUGGAUUGCUUAUUGAAAAUACUUCAAUUGAACAGCUUGGUUUGGCCCGAAAAGUGACCAUCUCUAAGGACACAACCACCAUUAUUGCUGAUGCUGCUUCAAAAGACGAGAUUCAAGCUAGGAUUGCGCAGAUAAAGAAGGAAUUGGCUGAGACAGAUUCUGUUUACGACACAGAGAAACUGGCUGAAAGAAUUGCCAAAUUAUCUGGUGGUGUUGCUGUCAUUAAGGUAGGAGCUGCUACAGAGACUGAACUCGAGGACCGGAAGCUCCGUAUUGAGGAUGCAAAGAAUGCAACUUUCGCCGCCAUAGAGGAAGGGAUUGUGCCUGGUGGUGGUGCUGCCCUGGUUCAUCUCUCAACUUAUGUCCCUGCAAUUAAGGACAAGCUUGAAGAUGCAGAGGAGAAGCUAGGUGCCGAUAUUAUCCAAAAGGCGCUGGUAGCACCAGCAUCAUUGAUUGCCCAAAAUGCUGGAGUUGAAGGGGAAGUAGUUGUGGAGAAGAUCAAGGCGAGUGAAUGGGAAAUUGGGUACAAUGCAAUGACGGACAAGUACGAGAAUCUUGUAGAGGCCGGUGUUAUCGAUCCGGCCAAGGUCACGAGAUGUGCCCUACAGAACGCAGCUUCAGUUGCUGGGAUGGUCCUAACCACACAGGCCAUUGUAGUGGAAAAGCCCAAGCCCAAGGCACCCGUCGCUGCCCCACAAGGCCUUACCAUUUAAUCCCUCCUGGGAAAUGUCAUCUUCAUUUGUAGGACAUCAUCAGAUAUCAAUCAAGAGCGACUUCUGGUUCCGGCGGCGCGCGUUCAUGGGAAAGAACGGUGAGACAAUAAGAAGAGGUAACUGUGUGUAUGUGAAUGCGCCUUUUUGUACGGAUUUGGGAACUUCCAUUAGGUACUGUAAGAUUACUGAAUCAAUUGGAUCAAUUUUACUAGUUUUCAUUGAAAAGAAAUAAUUUCGGUAAAAUGGUUGUAUUACAGAUAGGACAGAUAUUCCUCCACUAGAUUUUGGACAUAAUAAUCAAGGGUCAGUUAGUGGGUACCCCUUUGAAUGAUUGCAUA